AGCAGUGUGAUGUCUGCAAAAUAAAAUACAUUUAGAGUUCAGCCGAGUCAUACAAGCCUUGUUGCUUUGUCAUGUGCUUCUUUAAAGAAAGGAGGGAUCCAACUAACACUGCUGAAUGAAUUUGGACGAUCCUUCCCACUGUGUUAACAAACCUUGAAUUGUAUUGCAUCAUCAUCAGUGGUCAUACCCAGCAGGCAAAACGAUUUCUAACAACACAACCUUUGGUGAAAGGAUUCUUCAUUCUGUUCAGCCUAAGGACAAAAGUUAGAUAAAAAGAAAAAUAACUGGGACAGCCAAAGUCCAAAUCUUCCUCCAGGUAUUGUAGUUUGCACAAGAUGGGACUGGAAAUUAGAAGAGUGAGCUAAAUCCUCUCACAGCAAAAACUGUAACAGCACAACCCAGCAAAAUGCCGUGCUCACCUUUCCGAAUUGGAAGGCCAAGAAAAUUCUGGAAACAAGAUGGGAGUGACCCUCGGAUAUCUGCAACACUAGAGCCCCAGCUGUUCCAGCCUACACUCCCAUACACCACGUCACCAUUCCACAAGACUCCUGAUUUAUUUGCAAUGAUUGAAAGGAUACAGGGAAACAGGAUGGAUGAGCAGAGGUGCACCUUUCCUCCCCCACUCAAGACAGAGGAGGACUACAUUCCAUACCCAAGUGUCCAUGAGGUGUUGGGCAGAAAAAGCCCCUUUCCUCUCAUCCUCCUACCGCAGUUUGGGGGUUACUGGAUUGAGGGGACUAACCACGACAUGAGUGACACAGUGGAAACAGAACAGCCGCAGCCUCAUUCUCCGAACACCCGCACCAAGCUGGAACGUAACACAACAGCUACGAUCUUCCGGAAACACUUCUUGGGAAAGGAACACUUUAAUUACUAUUCAGUGGACAGCGCCCUUGGACAUCUGGUGUUCUCUCUAAAGUACGAUGUGAUUGGAGACCAGGAACAUCUCCGUCUGAUGCUCAGGACCAAGCUGAAAACCUACCAUGAUGUGAUCCCCAUUUCCUGUCUGACAGAGUUUCCCAAUGUGGUCCAAAUGGCCAAGCUCGUCUGUGAAGAGGUCAAUGUGGACCGCUUUUUUCCUGUCCUUUAUCCAAAAGCUUCAAGACUUAUUGUCACUUUCGAUGAACAUGUGAUAAGCAACAAUUUUAAGUUUGGGGUCAUUUAUCAAAAGUUUGGACAGACUUCAGAAGAAGAGCUGUUUGGCAACAGUGAAGAAAGUCCUGCCUUUGUAGAAUUCCUGGAGUUUCUAGGAGAGAAAAUUGAGCUGCACAACUUUAAAGGUUUCCGUGGAGGGUUGGACGUGACUCAUGGGCAGACUGGCGUUGAGUCUGUCUACUGCAACUACCGUAACAAAGAGGUCAUGUUCCACGUGUCUACAAAGCUGCCUUACACAGAUGGGGACACCCAGCAGUUGCAGAGAAAGCGGCACAUAGGGAACGACAUUGUGGCCAUCUUAUUCCAAGAGGAAAACACUCCCUUUGUACCGGACAUGAUUGCCUCCAACUUUCUCCACGCCUACAUUGUGGUCCAAGUGGUCAACCCCUGCUCUGACAAUGUUCUCUACAAGGUGUCAGUGACAGCACGGGAUGAUGUACCUUUCUUUGGCCCGGCCCUUCCAAACCCAGCUGUCUUUAAAAAAAGCACUGAAUUUCACGACUUCCUUUUUACAAAGCUCAUCAAUGCAGAGUAUGCCUGCUACAAAGCUGAGAAAUUUUCCAAAUUAGAGGAACGAACGAGGUCGGCCUUGUUAGAGACCCUUUAUGAGGAGCUCCAUGUGAACAGUCAGGCCAUGAUGGGUGUUGCAGGAGACGACGACAAACUGGAAAAUGGGAGUGCAGGAGGAGGGGGCUUCUUUGAGUCCUUCAAGCGGGUGAUCCGCAGCAGGAGCCACUCUAUGGAUGCCACGGGUCUUGCUUUCAAGAAGCCACACACAUUCUCUACUAGCUUCAACAGCAGCUUUAACCACGAGCCCGCAGACAGCCCCAAAUUCCCAGGGAUAUCAUUGCUUGUCCCAGGCAAAAGUCCCAGUAAAUAUGGACGUCGAGGCAGUGCCAUAGGGAUAGGAACAGUAGAAGAGUCUUUGAUUGUCCCAGGGAAAAGCCCAACCAGGAAAAAGUCUGGUCCUUUCAGCUCCAGGCGAAGCAGUGCUAUCGGUAUUGAAAACAUCCAAGAAGUCCAUGAGAAGAGUCGAGAGAACUCCCCAUACACCCAGAAGACCCCUGACAGCGGUCACGUCUCUCAAGACCCCAAAUCUGACAACUCAUCCAAUCAGAGCUCCCCUGAGGUGCUUACAACCAAGAACAGUUCUUAUCUCGCUGGCAGGGCCCCAUCCAUCCCAGAGGCUCAUGACCUCUCCCGCUCCUCCUCCAACGCUAGUAGCUUUGCCAGUGUGGUGGAGGAGAACGAAACAGAGGCCACAGAGGACUAUGACACAGGCAUGGAGAGUCUGUCGUCCGCCGGGACACCACACAAGCGAGACUCCUUCCCCUACAACACCUGGCUAGAGGACAACAUCAGCAGCACCUGUACCAGCAGUCAUGGGAGCUCCCCAGGUGAGACAGGGCCUGGGAAACCUGAACGAGGGAAGGGUACAGACGUCCGUAUUAAACUGGAACGACCACACGACCAUCAGUCCUCUUCGCAUUCCCAUAAGUCACAAUGCCACUGGGAGGUGAGACAAGUGCAGGCGUUUGCCUAGACCAAUGAUGAGGAGGACAAAGAUGAGGAAGAUGAGGAAGAUAAGGAAGACUAGAAAAGGCAGGUGGAGCCUGGCCAGUCUGCUGCAGGGUGCAGCAUUUCCAGAAACCUGGAGGACAAUGGGGAGGACACACAAAGAGGAGCCAGCUUUUGCACAGUGAUGUUUCCUUCCACUCUGUUCUGUUGCCUACAUGUGGUCGUAUGUUUUUCUUUCCCACACCUUUUGUUUCAAACGAGCACCUUUUCUUUCUACACCUUCCACGGUUUUAUUUGUAAAAGUUAUCACUGUGGUUUAGUUUGUCUUGUUGAAGCCCAGGUUUGCUGGCCAUACAGGGUAAAGACAGUGCCAUUGAGCUCUUUGAAUACAUUCUAAGAAGGACUUUUGCUGAAACAUAGAGAAGAUAAUUGCCUGGAUGGUUUCACCAAAUCAACAGAGGUUUCGGCUCAAUAAAGAUCUCUAAUGUAUACGUAAUAUAAAAUAUUCAACAUCAAAGUUGGAUAUAUUCUAACAUCUAAUGUGAUAUAGAAUUGAGAUCUUUUGCAUGCUGUUAACUGUGAUUACGUUCCGGGUAAAAUAGGAAAAAUAGGACUGUAUAGCUGCAGCAAAACAAUUGUACUCUUUCCUUUUACAAGAUCAGAUAUCCAACUUGACACCAAAGGACACAGUGGAGAAAGCAAUGCAUCGUAGAUAACAUGGCCUUAUGACUUAAACAUGCAAUUUCUUUGUCCCUUAGAUUUAUUUUACCUCACUUGUUUAACUUGUGUGUUCUGCAGCUAAUAAUGGGAUUGCACUAUGAGAUUAACUGUAAAACUUCUAUCAAUCUGCUUUGUCCGUCUUGUUUGUUGGCAAAGAGACCAGUCUCUUCAUUAUGUUCAAUUCAGAUUUUAUUUAUUGAUUUGGUUCCUGUUGAACUGGCAUUUAUAGCAUUCAUCUGUUAUUGUUAUUCUGCAGCUCUAUGGUGACUACAUUCAGCAUCCUGCCAUAUGCUUCUACUGUACGUGUUGCUUUGGAGUAAAUUAUAAUGUUUUCAUCUGUAAAACUCGGUCUAUUUCACGGGCCACAUAUCUUUCAGUGCAGUCUAUUUUCAGUGCAAUUAUAAUGAAAACAGUGAAUAUUUAUUUGCUUUUAAUGUGAGAAAAUAACUCUAAAUACAACUACUGAUUUUGUAAAUACCUAUUAAGUUGGAUGACAGUGUAAAAUGUAUAGGCCAUUGAUUUAAAAUAGGAUUGACCAAUACCUUCAAAUUACUGCCAAGUUGACAAUAUAUUGUUUCAUUUCUUGUACCUUUGCUUUUAAAUAUUAUUUCAAGAGAGUUUUGUAGGAGCGAUAUUUUAAAAGCUAUUCAGACUAUACUGUAAAAGGGAAAUCUCACAGUACAUCCUGCUGAUCAUUUCAGUUGCCUUAUCACAAACUGAUGGUAUAAGUACAUAUAGUGAAGCUAAUAGUCAACAGCCAGCAGGAUUUACAAUGAAAUGGAUGUUUUGUUGUUGUUAUUUUUAUUGUAAAUAAAUGCCCUGAGAACUUUA